AUGGCAACGUCUACGAUAAGGCAGAAGCCAGGGACUAUCACAGUUGACGGCUUGAGGAUUGUCGUCAAUGUCGGUAAUGGCGGCCGUGAUAACGCGCAGCCUCAGGGCCUCGGACACCGGGUCUGGCCGGAGCUCACUCUGAACGGCGCCCACAACAAGCGAGACCUAGCCAACCUGCGGCUCGUGAACCACCGGUUUUGCACCUUGGCCACCAAUGUCCUCUUCUCGCACAUCGGGGUGUCGUAUGACGUGGAUAAGUCGGACGAGGCCAACGCCGCGCGGCUCAGAAAGCUGCUUUCCCUCAGCGACGACAUCUACCAUAGCAGCAACCGCCGCGUUCGAGUCAACUUUAACGUGCCGGCCACCCCGCAGCAGCUCGACCAGAUCAACAACUAG